UCCAGUCUGGACGACAGAGUGAGACUCUGUCUCCAAAAAAAAAAACUCGGCUACUCCGGAGUCUAAGCCAGGAGAAUUGCUUGCAUCGGGGAGGCAGAGAUGGCAGUGAGCCAAAAUCGCACCACUACACUCCAGCUUGGGCAACAGAGUGAGACUCUCAAAAACAAACAACAACAACAAAAAAAUGGGGCUCACUUUGUCACCCAGGCUGGAGUGCAGUGGCGUGAUCAUGGCUCAUUGCAGCUUGACCUCCCCAGGCUCAGAUGAUCUUGCUGCCUCAGUCUCCAGAGUAGCUAGGAGAAGUACAGGCUGGAGUGCAAUGGCGUUAUCUUGGCUCACUGCAACCUCUGCCUCCCGAGUUCAAGCGAUUCUCCUGCCUCAGCCUCGAAAUUACGGGCAUGCAUCAGCACGCCCAGCUAAUUUUGUAUUUUUAGCAGAGAAAGGGUUUCACCACGUUGGUGAGGCCGAUCUCAAACUCCUGACCUCAGGUGAUCCACCCACCUCGACUUCCCAAAGCGCUGGGAUUAUAGGCAUGAGCCACUGUGCCCAGCACAUUUCUUUUUUCAAAGAGUAUAACAAUUUAUUUGUCCUAGAGAAAGUUUUAAAUUUUGAAGGAGAUUGGCCUGGAAAUGUGCUUUUGGGGAGCAACAUGGUCUGAGCCAGACAUCCAGAAACAGCCCGUUCUUCUGGCCAGUCUUACCCUUGGCUCAUGAUUCUUCAAGCUGUACCCAGAGCUCUUUGGUCCAGCAUGUACCUGCAGGCUGCUUUUGACCAUGUUUUGAGAGUGGCAUGGCUUUAUCUAAUGGGAUGAACCUGGCUAAAGAGAUUAGCAAAACGUCUUGUGGAUCCCACUUUUAAUCUGCAGCGUUCAGGCUGCCCCUUCUUGGCUGGGAAGGGCGCUGAAGGAACAACGCCCAGGACCAGGACUAUCCCCUGCUCAAGCUGUGAUUCCGAGACCCCUGCCACCACGACUGCAUUCACGGGGAUCCCAGGCUAGGGGGGCUCGACAUGGGCAGCCUCCAGGGCACCUCCCUACAGCUUGGGCCAUCUGCACUUUUCCCAAGGCCCUAAGUCAUCCAGCUCUGUGCUCAUUAAAGUUUGGGGUGGGAGCUGUGCAGUGGGAAGCGACCUGGGCCACACUCGGCAAGCAUGGCGCUACUGAAAGUCAAGUUUGACCAGAAGAAGCGGGUCAAGUUAGCCCAGGGGCUCUGGCUCAUGAACUGGUUCUCCGUGUUGGCUGGCAUCAUCAUCUUCAGCCUAGGACUGUUCCUGAAGAUUGAACUCCGGAAGAGGAGCGAUGUGAUGAAUAAUUCUGAGAGCCAUUUUGUGCCCAACUCAUUGAUAGGGAUGGGGGUGCUAUCCUGUGUCUUCAACUCUCUGGCUGGGAAGAUCUGCUACGACGCUCUGGACCCGGCCAAGUAUGCCAGGUGGAAGCCCUGGCUGAAGCCGUACCUGGCUAUCUGUGUCCUCUUCAACAUCGUCCUCUUCCUCGUGGCUCUCUGCUGCUUUCUGCUGCGGGGCUCACUGGAGAACACGCUGAGCCAAGGGCUCAAGAACGGCAUGAAGUACUACAGGGACACGGACACCCCUGGCCGGUGUUUCAUGAAGAAGACCAUCGACAUGUUGCAGAUUGAAUUCAAAUGUUGCGGCAACAACGGCUUUCGGGACUGGUUUGAGAUUCAGUGGAUCAGCAACCGCUACCUGGACUUUUCCUCCAAAGAAGUCAAAGAUCGAAUCAAGAGCAACGUGGACGGGCGGUACCUGGUGGACGGUGUCCCCUUCAGCUGCUGCAAUCCUAGCUCACCGCGGCCCUGCAUCCAGUAUCAGAUCACCAACAACUCAGCACACUACAGUUACGACCACCAGACGGAGGAGCUCAACCUGUGGGUGCGCGGCUGCAGGGCUGCCCUGCUGACCUACUACAGCAGCCUCAUGAACUCCAUGGGUAUUGUCACGCUCCUCAUUUGGCUCUUUGAGGUCACCAUUACAAUUGGGCUGCGCUACCUGCAGACGUCGCUGAACGGUGUGUCCAAUCCUGAGGAACCCGAGAGCGAGAGCGAGGGCUGGCUGCUGGAGAAGAGCGUGCCCGAGACCUGGAAGGCCUUUCUGGAGAGUGUGAAGAAGCUGGGCAAGGGCAACCAGGUGGAAGCUGAGGGCACAGAUGCAGGCCAGGCCCCAGAGGCUAGCUGAGGGCCCCGAGGCCCCUCCCUACCUGAACACUGAGAAAUAGUGGACUCCAAGAAACACGGAUCUCCCCUUCAUCCAACUCUGAAAGUCUGAAUCUCCCAAGGAGGGCACCAUCUUAGGGCAUCAUCUUAUAUACCACCUCUCCUUGAUGGUGGAAUUUAAGUUUAGGGUCCCUCAAAGCAUUUGACAAACAGUUGUUGAAUGACUGACCCAAAAUGUGAAUGAAUGAGCUCCCCUCACACCCACUGCCCUAGGAUAUGCCCUCCUGGUGACUCAGGGGCGUCAAUCAGAUUUGUCCCCCACUAUGGGCCAGUGGCCGUAUCCGAGGGCUGCUCUCCUUUAGAGUUAGCCUCUUAUGAGCUCCAUGUUGCUUCAGUCUACAUCCAAAGUGUCACUUGGUGCAUAAGCACAGAAAUCUGAAAAAUAAAUGGCCAUGCUGUCUUUUUUUUUUUUUAAUGCCAAGAUUGACAGGUUGGCCAUUUUGUUUGCUUAAUGCCAGAAGUUGGGGGAAAGUUACACUUUUCUAAGAGUAAUGGAUUCUGAAAGCACUGAGGGCUCUAAACAGGAAUUCUUCAAUCAUGGAGCAAGAGAAUUUUAAGGCAGGAGAUUAUUUCCCCCACCCAAAAACACAGUGAAAGGCCUGCUUUUUUGUCCCAUUCACAUGCCCUCAGUCCCUGAGUCUGGAGUGAACCAUGGGUUGAGGAAGUCAGGCUGUUGGCGUGUCCCAGCCCCACACUACCCCAACGUGCCGGGUGAUCUCCUGUGGCUCAUCUGUGGAAGCACUGGUGUAGGCUGCUGCCCUGCUAUGGAAGAGGAGCAAAAAUCAGACAUGAGUCCACCCUUUGGAGACCAGGCCUCAGCUCUCGGUGGACCCAGGGACACCCACACAGGUGGCCAUGACAACCCCAUGAACACCCUAAUUGUCCACAGCAAAGGGCAAGGAAUCCUCUGGGAACUUCUUCUCUUUCUUCCUCCCAGAUACCCACCUUGAAAAACACUAUUUCUGGAAUGCUUCUGCAUCAAAGGAGAUUCUUUGAGAUAGAAUCUGAUGGGCUGAAGAAUCAGCCCAUCUUCCCGAGCUAGCAAAUACAGGCGUUUUCACUUCCUUUAGGAAAGAGAAGCUUUCAGGGGAAGGAAAGAAUGGCUUCCCAGGCCCUGGUGACCAGACCAAGGCAGGGCCCACCAUAAUUCCGCCAGUUGGAUGAACAUUUAAGAGAGCUCAUGCCUACCUGGCUGGAGACCGAAGCCAGAAGGCAAAAAACGGAAAGGGAACAGCCCAUAAUUUACCUCUGCUUCUGACUGAUGCUGUUUGGGAAUAGGUUACUUUGGACUGCGUUUGGGUUCUUUGUUGUCCUAACAACUUUAGUGUAGAGAAACUAAGACUUCUGGUGUUGCCUGGGGUAUGUUCUCGGCUUAAUUCUCCCAAGCAGAAGACCAGAUCCAAGAUAUCUGGACACCCUGUCAGAGGCUGGUCCCAAGUUUAAUUCGAUUUCUGAAUCUUGUUGAGGCCAAGGAAUGAUCCACACUGAAAAAAUCCUGAGCCGGCCAUCUUUGGCAAAGGUCCCUGAGCUCUCCCCGCCUCUCAAGAGUGCUGAGAACCAUGGUGAAAGUGCUCUAGGCCCACACGUGUAAUUAUGCUGUGAAUAGCUGUCAAUAGAUAUUAAAAAUCACACUGUAUGAAAAUUACUUUUGUUAAAUGACUGUUUAAGCCCAUUCAACAACAUAUAUCGCAGAAUCCCUGACUAUAGCUAAUAUUUGCCAAAAAAGAAGAGAAACCCGCCCUAAAGGGAAGCAUUGGUAAUGAUCACUGUUUUAAACAUGGCUUGGGCAUCACAUCUCUCCAUCUUGCCAUCUCUUACCUGUAAGAACAGUGACUACUGGCCGGGCGCGGUGGCUCAAGCCUGUAAUCCCAGCACUUUGGGAGGCCGAGACGGGUGGAUCACGAGGUCAAGAGAGCGAGACCAUCCUGGUCAACAUAGUGAAACCCCGUCUCUACUAAAAAUACAAAAAAUUAGCUGGGCAUGGUGGUGCGUGCCUGUAAUCCCAGCUACUCAGGAGGCUGAGGCAGGAGAAUUGCCUAAACCCAGGAGGCGGAGGUUGCGGUGAGCCGAGAUUGUGCCAUUGCACUCCAGCCUGGGUAACGAGUGAAACUCCAUCUCAAAAAAAAAAAAAAAACAGUGACUACUAUAGCAGUGACUAUUGUAAUAUCCAAAUAAUCUCAGCAUUUCCUAGAGUUUGAACCAGAGCUGAACUUAAUACAUGAAAUUUUAAUAUAGUAAUUUAGGCAAAACUCCGAACCAUUUUUUCUUCUGCUCUGCCCGAAAUGUAUUUCCUCAAACAAGGAAAUAUGAGUCUCCUUCUCCUUUUACUUUUUUUUAAGAGAUGGGGUUUCACUACGUUGACCAGACUGGUCUCAAACUCCUGAUCUCGUGAUCCACUCGCCUCGGCCUCCUAAAGUGCUAGGACUACAGGCGUGAGCCACCACAUCCGGCUGGAAAUAUGAAUCUCUAUGGGGCCAGGUUACAGGGGGCAAAUGUAAGCAACCUAGACUCUGAAGGUUGUUGAGAAAACCAAGAGUGCAUUGACCCUACCAUAAAGCUCACUCAUUGGUUCAGAGCAGACUUAGGGUUAACUGCUUUUAACAGGUCUUCUCAGGUAGCCAGGUAGUUGCCAGAGAAACCUGGCCCAUCCCUUUUGGUCACCUACUAGUGCCCAGGAAGUCUCUACUAUCAGGUUUUUGCUUGUGUGUAAAUUCUUUUCUCCCGAGAGACCCAGUCAGCUUUUUUUUUUUUUGAUAUGGAAUUUUGCUCUUUUUGCCCAAGUUGGAGUGCAAUGACAUGAUCUCAGCUCACUGCAACUUCCGCCUCCUGGGUUCAAGUGAUUUUCCUGCCUCAGCCUCCCUAGUAGCUGGGAUUACAGGUGUUUGCCACCAAGCUGGUCUCGAACUCCUGACCUUAGAUCUGCCUGCAGGAGUGAGCCACCACACCUGGCCCCAGCCAGCUUUUAAAGUUCUGCCAGCAUAGCCCUGGGAUGGGGUAAGGAGUAAAGACAGGGCCUUAGGACUUCCAUUUUUAAAAUGCUCACUCCAUAGUGAAGGAACAGGUGUUGGCUAUCCUGAAUAUUUGGGAAGUUGUGUGUCCUAGAAUUUGUGGCCUCAGUUCCAGAACCCACAGCUUCUUUACAACAUGCUUCAAGCCCAGGGCUGAGCUGCCAGCAAAUAAACCCUGAGUAACCUCAAUAUGGGUUAAUAAGAUUAGGUGCUGCUCUGCACGCUCCCCUGCCCCUCCUCGUCUGGGCACCUGUUAUGCCAGGCCAGCAGGUUUGCAGCUUAGCCAGGGGCAGUCGUGGACCUGGGGCUUUUCAUCCACUACUGGCUAAAAAGAUGGCUCUCAAUGACAGCGCAGCAGCCAGCUGCACUGAGUAAGGAAGGGAAAUGUGUCUGUGAAAUACUAUGAAGCUCCAGGGAAGACAGAGGUGCCUUCCCAGGUCUCAGUGGAUAGAUUGGAAGGGGAAACAUGUCAGUCCUUAACUCCUGACAGCAUUUUAUCCUGUCCAUCACAGAGGAGUGUAAACAGCAAAGUUAGAGAUUAGAGAAUGCUGAGCUCUAAGGAUGGCGGCAAGUGGAGGAUUAAGAUAUAAGGGACAACUUCUAGCUAUUUACUCAAGGGAAGUGAACAUUCAGGUUUGCACAAAAACCUCUCCAUGAAUGUUUGUGGCAGUAAUCACCAAAACAAUCACCAAAACUCACCCAAAUGCCCUUCACCUGGCAACUGCAUGGAAGUCUAUACAAAGGAAUACUACUCAGCAACCCAAAGAACAACAUGGAGGACUCAAAUUCGUUCUUUAGUGAGAGGAGCCAGACACGGAAUGCUACAUACGAUAUGAUGCCAUUUAUAUAACGUUCUGGAAGGGGCAAAACAAGGGAGAGAAAAACACUGGUAGCCAGAAGCCGGAAUGAGGCAAGAAGCUCGCUACAAAGGGAACUUUUGGGGAUGAUGGAAUUGUUCUAUUUCUUCAUUGUGGUUGUUAAACUGUAUGCAUUUGUUAAAAUGUAUAAAACUGUACACUAAAAAUAAUCUGUUUGUAAAAUAUACCUCAAUAAAUGUGACUUAAAAAAAUAA